GUCUACCGUCAACAGACACCUGCAUCACCCGUGCCCAGUGAGAAUAACAUCUGUGGGAAUAAGUUUGACAGCACCUCCCCGUGAUGUGGCUGGGUGCACCGUGGGCGUGGGUGUGGGCGGCGGUGUGGGCGUGUAUUUGGAUACUGGGCACCUCCUCCCCAAUGCCCCAAGACCUGGCAGUGGGUGUGGGUGCCAAGGAGUGCCACCAUAACGUAGCCACUCUGUACUGUGACUACAAGGGCACUGACGAGACUGUGGUGUUGAGGGGGGCGGUGGACGACAGUAUAGAGAAAGUGUUUGUGGUGAACGCUCGUCGACUCCGUGUGAGUGAGGACGUGUGUGUCAACGUGAUGGUGAUCAGCGUCGCUCAAGUCCUGGUGGAGAGAGCCCCUGACCCUGCCUUCGCUCCCUGCCACACCCACCUAGAACUAUCCGCCAGGAAUUCCUCCCUGGAUAGACUCCCUGGUCAUGUAAAUCGUGUCUUCCUGGAGGACACCAAUGUGACCCAGUUUAUAACAACAGCGGAAAUUCAACAACUCACAGUGAUCAAUUCCGUCAUUAAGGUGGUGGAGGUAUCGGCGCCUCUAAUGGCUGGUAUUUAUGCUGUUUUUCUCUCCAGUAACAUUAGCACCCUCAGGAGGCUUCAUGUAAACAAAGAUUCCCUCCUCGAGUUUCAGAAGAGCCACAUCUCUGAGGUGGCUGUAGGAGGGUUGGUGAUACAGGAAGGCGGGGAGGUGGUCGUGCAGGACACCACCACCACCAGUGUGAACGAGGAGAGUAGUGUUGUCGUGUUGGGUGAUGGAGGGUCACUGAGCCUCAAGAACUACACUGGCAGCCUCAAGGUGACCAGCACGACCUUCUCCACCACUCUACAACCAAACCAGAAACUCCUGCACGAGGCACUCAGUAACUGUGAGGCCUCCGUCAUCACCAUCACUUACUAUAAACAAUAUGUGACUUGUCUGGUGUUGCUGCUACUUGUGCUUCUCUCAGCAAUCUCAGGAGCGGUGCUUUAUGUCCUGAGAAAGGAACGGAACUCUUCACAUGACUCCAGUAACUCUGAGGCUAACAAAAUAAUGCCUCAUGACCCAGUGGGUGACACAGUGAGUAACCCAGACAGCCCUGACGACGCCCAGAUGCCAAUGUUACGUCGAGUCUCUGAGGACGAGAGCCAACACCCACACCACCCUGAAGAAGUCACUCGAGAAUUAUGUUCCUCAAUGCAAGAACACAAAAUAUCUCUCCAACUUAAACUGAAAGACCUUGAAGAACAAUGUCAAGCUAAACUGAAGACUCUUGAAGAUAAGAGAAAUAAGAGACUACAUGAAGAGUCGCUGAUCAACAAUGAGUUACUAGAUCUUGAAGAAAAAUAUUGCAACGAGGAAAAUAAACAAAAUCCUAACUUGGAUAUCACAAUACAGUUACUGGGAGCUUUAAAAGAUAACAAAGAAGUCAAGCAGAAGAUUUAUACUGUGGAAUAUGAAGAAGAAAAACAAGAAAUAGCAUAUAAAGACAAAAUAAAGAAAGGGAAUAAAGAGUUUAUGAAGCAACUGGCCGAUAGCGUUCAUACAGCACUGACAAGAUGGCUGGACUCUCGCGGAUCUGCCGUAACAAACACGCAGUCGUUGGAUCUAGAGGCUUUUGAGAACCUGUUCCACCACAUCAUCAAAACACUACAGGAAGAAAUCACACAGAAAACCUACACCUCAGAAUCUAAAGACGAAUUACAGAAAUACAUAAAACACGACCAGAUACAAAACACGAAAGAACAACAGGAUAAAAUAACCAACGAAAUAAACACGAAUUACCAAAGGGAAAUGAUCGAUUUACAUAACAAAACACCAACUAAACAGAGAUUCAAAGACACACAUAAACUUAGAGUCAUUUACGAUAUCAAAACAGAAUUGCUUAAAUCAUCCCAAAGCCUGGAGCAUAAAGUUCUUCAAAGUGUUCACUCAGAGAACAAAUUAGAGCUGUAUUAUCUGGACACCACGACACAGUUACUGAAACAUAACAUUAAUGAACUAGAGAACAUGUUUUUAUUUGGUAUUUAUAUUCUUCAGUUCUAUGAUAGGAUGAAGAACAGAAUCAUUGUUGGUGCUGACGAAAACGCUGACGUAACUGAUAAGACGCUGACGCCACCAUCCUCCUCCCAUAAUGACACUACCAUCCUUCCAUGAUGACUGAACCCCUUGAGUACGAUGACUUAACCCCUUGAGUACGAUGACUUAACCCCUUGAGUACGAUGACUUAACCCCUUGAGUACGAUGACUUAACCCCUUGAGUAUGCUGACUUAACCCGUUGAAUAUGAUGAUAACCCCUUGAAUAUGAUGACUUAACCCGUUGAGUACGAUGACUUAACCCCUUGAGUAUGCUGACUUAACCC